AUUCUUCCAGGAGUUUGGACCGCUGAUCUCCAGGAUGGAUAACGCCACGUACAGCUACGUGAACGACUGCACUCCGCUCACCAACUGUAAGGCCGGCCGUAAGGCUGGGGGCUCCACGGUGGUCAACAUGAGCCAUGCGGGCAAGAAGCCACCAAAUGACUACCUGGUCUGGUCACUCUGCAACACUCUUUACGUCAACUUCUGCUGCCUGGGCUUCAUGGCUCUGAUCUACUCCAUCAAGGCUCGAGAUCAGAAGACCCUGGGUGACAUGCGUGCAGCGCAGGAAUGCUCAGACAAGGCCAAGUGGUACAACAUUCUUGCUUCGGGCUGGAACCUCUUGAUUCCGCUUCUGGUGUUGGGUCUGCUGGUCCUGCUUCUGGUGCAUCUGGGAAGCUCAGAGGGAACAUUUGAUUUCUUCGGUGAGGAUGGAUUCCAGAGCUUCAUGAAGCUCUUCAGCAGGUAGACAGAGCAACUCGAGCAAACCUACCACCACCUCCAAACCUUCUGGACUGUUCAUCCCUCUCGACUUUAUCAGCAUGUUAUUUUCCUUGGCUGUGUGAAUUUCUCAUUAUUUAGUUUGUUUUGUUCCCUAAUUCAUGUCCAUGUACUGUAUAACUAAUCCUCAAUUUUAUUUUAUGAAGUAAAUUGGCUCUGUAGUAUUUAAUAAAAUAUUUAAUAUCCUCA